AUGUUUGCACCACGAUUCGCAACUUCACUUGGGUCUGUCGGUCCUUCGAAUCGCGCAUCACAAUGUCUUCGUCAACAACGAAUACAAGCUCCACGGUCUAGUAAACCUGCUACCAGAAACUCUGUAUCAUGUCGAACACAACAGCAAAGAUGGCAAUCGACACGAGCACAACCGAAGAUAAAGCCACCUAAAAGUUCACUCUCGAGGAACGUCAAGAUUCUCUUUAGAGCUCAUCCAUAUGGCAUGACUGGGGCUACCAUAGCUAUCGGCUUCGGAAUUUUCUGCCUAGGAUAUAUCAAUUGGUGGUAUAAUGCAUACAUAGUCAAUGGCUUCAAGGCCUUUCCAGAGCCCGUAGCUAAGCCACUCCGAAGAGCCCUUUACUACACCAACAUGUCUCUUGAACCUAAGAACGCUCUUAAAUACUAUAAAGAGGCACUACGAGUUGCCGACGAGAUUGGCAUGGAUCCAUUCUGCGACGAAUAUCUUGGCAUCAAAAUCGCGGUUUGCAUUUUAUUAGAGAAAGUCCAAGCCUAUGAUAAGGCUAUUGGAGUAUAUGAAAUUAUGAGAGAGGAUUGUGGGAAAUGGAUGGAAAAACUAGGGGAUUUGGAAAGGAAUAUUGGAAAGAGAACGAGAGUUCUUAGAAGAAUGGUAGAGUUCAGCGUCAAGAUCGCUGAUUUGUACAAUGGGGAAUACGUCUUGCAGCCGGACAAGGCCGAGGAAAGCCUGGUAUACGCUGUGGAGACUAUAUUGAUGGAACAGAUGAGGAGGCAGAAAGAAGGAGUGAGACUCGGAGAAGAGGUUUGGUUAUCGGAUGAAGAAAUGGGCGGGACUUUUGAAACUCUUGCACAUCAUUACGAAGAAACCAAUAAGCACCAUCUUGCCGCACCCCUAUUCCUACAAGCUAUAGCACUCUCUAUUCCCGCCACCUGUCACACAGCCGUCCUAAUGAACAAUCUUUCUAUAUCCCUAGCCCAACAAAAUCCUCCACCAGAACCAGGCCAACCCAUAAUAUCCCGCUCCCAACAAAUCCAAAAUGCCCGCGCGUGGGCCAUUAAAUCCUUAGAAAUAUGUGCCAAAAUCUCACCACCAGAAAGAACUGAAGAAUGUGAUCUUGGCUGCGCAGUUGCAACACAUAAUCUAGGAGAAUUUGCCGAAAUGGAUGGUAAUAUCAAGGAAGCUAGGAGAAGAUAUCAAGAAGCGAAAAGUUUAGCGAGUGCGAUGGGGUUUAAGGAGGGAGAGGCACAGAGUGAGGAGAGAUUGGCAAAGAUUAUUGGGAGCACGGAGAUUAUAAAUCCAAAUUAA